GAAUCUUUACAAGAUAUGAUUGAAAAACUUCAGACAUCACCAACCAAGCCUUCCAGAGAUGUGAUGGUCAAGUACAUAAAAAGAGUAGAAUUCUUGAAAGGUUUUUUAAAUGCAAAAAAACUAACAAGUCCAGUUGAAAGAGCAGUUGCAGCACAAAUGCUACCAGCAAACAUAGUUAUGCCUAAUGAAUCCACCGAUGGGCCCAGCAUAACUUCUCAAAUACAUCAAAAAACAACAGCAAAGUACAGUCAAGAGAUUAGAGAUGAGUUAUUCAAAAAUAACUCGGGGACUGAACUAAGACAAAGGCUAUUUGGCACAGCUGAGAAAAAUGAAGAUGUAAAUGCCGUAUUACAGCAUAAUCGUCAAAUGCAAGAAAAAAUAGCUGAAAACAUGGUACAUAUGACGCAAAGUAUGAAAGAGCAUGCCCUCAUAGCUAACACAAUCAUUAAAAGAGAUAUAAACAUGUUGGAGAAAUCUGACCGUUUGACAGAUCAGAAUACAGCCAAAUUGAAAACUGAAUCUUUAAAAUUAGAAGAUAGUGGUAAUAGUGAUGUUGAUGAAACAGAUAAAUCAAAAGUAAAUACCGGCUGGGCUGAUGCCAUGAAAAAAAUUCUUAACACAAAGAAGCCCAAGAAGAAGAAAACUAUAGUACUGUCAAAGGCUAAAAAGUUAAACGAAGUCAAGCCUAAGCCUCUAGAAAUACCUGUGCCAUUUGAAAUUGAAACCAAAGAUGGCAAGAUAAUAAAAGAAAUUAUAAAAGUUGAGGAAAAUGCAGUCGAUCCAGAUCACAGCACUGAACACAAAAAACGCAAGAAGAAAGAUUCAUUGGGAAUCAGAGUAAAGCCCUCGAUGUCAGAUAGAGAACACGAAAGACGCUUGCAGAAAAUUGCUACAAAUGGUGUCGUGCAAUUAUUCAAUGCAGUAAGUCAGCAGCGGAGAGAAAUUGAAGACAAGUUGAAAGAGGCUGGACCAUUGGAAAGAAAACGUGAUAAAGCUUUGAAAAACAUUGACAGGAGAACAUUUUUAGAUGUUCUGAUGGGAGGUACCGACAAUAUAGGAGUUGAUGAUUCCAAAGAAGAUGUGAAAGAGGAAGAUGAAAUAGAUGAUAAAGUUUGGAGUGUCUUAAAGGACGAUUAUGUUAUGGGAGCCAAACUAAAAGACUGGAACAAACACGACACUGACGAAGAUGACUCAUCUGCACCAGAAGAAAUGGAUAGCGAUUAAAUUAUGCCUGCAUUACC